AUGAUUUUAGAACUGUCUUACUGUAGAAGUCUUACUGUAGUGAACUCUAAUAAAAUUAUUAUCCAGGUCCAAAAAAUCGAGGGAUGCCGUCUGAAGUAUGGAGUCAUUCAAUUCCUGACUCUAUUCGUGGGAGACGCGAAAGCAAGAUGGGAAAACAUGCAAAAUUUCGACGACCUCGAGAAUGGAAAUGAUUGGAGGACUCACUGGCACGUCAAGGAUUACAAGAAACACAACAAAACGCAUUGGCAGAAGAUUUUUAAGAGAUACCAGAAUAUCUGGUUUCUGGAGGGUCGUCAGCAAUUUUUGAAAACUGAUUUCCCAUCAGAAUUUGAUUAUCUAUCGAUUCUGCUAGGUCUCGUUUCUGAACUCCAAAAUAGACUCAACCUCGGACCCAACAAACCAGACGAUCCAGAUUUUAGAGAGCGCCGGACUGCUCCUCCAAAAAGACGUCGUACUGGUCGUCGUCGCUCAUCUGAAUCCUCUUCAUCCCCACCACCACCACCACCCCGUCGUGUCCUUCCUCCUCCAAUCCCAUUCAUCGACAACUACGAGUCAAUCCACGUGCCAAAAGGAACCCGUCUGGCUCAAAUUCAACAAGAACGUGAUCGGCGUCUUCGCGCCCGUCUUGGUCCGAAGCCGCCGAAGAUUCAGAAGACACAAUUCGAAUCGGCGGAGGCGAAGAAGGCGAAACGGGCGGCACGCACUACGGUAGCGGUGUUGAGAGAUGAGAGAGGAUGGACAAGAUUCAGAAGUCACCGGUACACGGCGCCCAAGUUUCACAAUGAUCCCGGGUAUUCUGAUGAUGUGGAGAAUCAGGGAGAAAACGUGGAGUCGUCGGAUAUCGAGGAUUGGGAUUCAGAAGACAACGAUGAGGAGGAGGAGGACGAGACGGAAGGAAGAAAGGAGUUGUGGGAAAUGCCACAGGAUCAGAGUACGAUCUCCCGACUGUCAACAGCAAUCGAGACUAAAAAAUGGUGUCUUGUCGAAGAACUCAUCAAAGCCGGAUUCCAAGUUCAUUCUCUUCUAUUCAGAAGAUUCAAUCUCGUCGAUGAAAUCUGCUCAGCUGCCAACAAUAUUCCAGAGGAGUUUCAGAACCUAUUCGAAUUGUUGGCGCAACGAGGAGCCGAUAUCCGGAUGGCAUACAUCGACGAGAGAACUCCCACUCGUCUCAAGAGAAUCGAGGAGAGAGAUUUCUAUCUGGAUUUGAUCCGCAAAUCAUUAUCCGAUGAAAUCAAAGUGAUCUACCAGAAAUCAAUCACUUCCGGAUUCCCAGUCAUCACAUUCCCGGGAAAUGAGAAUGGACGAAUUCUGAGUAUUCAGAGAUCGUCGUUCAGAAUUGAGGAGUUGGAGGACGACAAGAAAUACGCUUUCGUUAUUGUGGCGAUGGAGUGGGAUGGGGAAACCUUCCAAGUCCGCCAACAUCUUCCCCUCCUCACUUUGAGAUUCAAUCAGGAGAAGAUUCCCAUCAAAUGCCAUGAGACUCCACUCACUGAGUAUCCGGCAUUCUACAGUAUCCAUCCGACGAAGGGAAAGAAUGAAUUCGAGAUACAUCUCAAACAACGGAUGAACGGAUUCAUUGCAGUUUGGCCGAUUCUGGUCGUUGAGGAAUCCUCAUUGGAGGAAAAAGAAGACGAUGGAUCGUCGAUGUGA